UCGCGUCGCCGUUGGCGGGCGGAGGCGUGCAGCGACGGACCAGUCCUCCAGCGGCCCGGUUCGCGCAGUGGUCGCCGGCUGCUGACGUGGGCCAGCCGGGUGCGGGGCUGUAAGUGCGGGGCGUGAUGGCGGUAGACAUCACACUCCUGUUCCGGGCCAGCGUCAAGACCGUGAAGACUCGGAACAAAGCGCUGGGAGUGGCGGUGGGCGGCGGGGUCGAUGGCAGCCGCGACGAGUUGUUCCGCCGCAGCCCCCGGCCCAAGGGCGACUUCUCCAGCCGGGCGCGCGAAGUGAUUUCACACAUUGGCAAACUGAGAGAUUUUCUUCUGGAACACAGGAAAGACUAUAUCAAUGCUCACAGCCAUAUCCUGUCUGAAUAUGGGAGGAUGACAGACGCAGAGCGAGACCAGAUAGACCAGGACGCGCAGACGUUCAUGAGGACCUGCUCAGAAGCCAUUCAGCAGCUGAGGAAUCAAGCCCACAAGGAGACACACUCCCAGCAGGUGAGGGAGCACAGGAGCGCCGUCCUGGACUUCACGCAGGACUACCUGAGAAGAGUUUGCAAACUGUACUCAGAGCAAAGAGCCAUCCGCGUGAAACGAGUGGUGGAUAAGAAGAGGCUAUCCAGGCUGGAGCCAGAAACAACCGCAAAGACAAGAGAGCCCGGUUCUGAGGACGUCUCCCUGGACCCUGCGCCGGGCUCUGGGGAGAAGCCUGUCGCCGAGGAGCAUGCAGAAAACAUUCCAGCUGAAGCGCAGCCUGAGUUGGGAAGCUGGGGAGACGGCAAAGGCGAAGAUGAGCUGUCCCCGGAGGAGAUACAGAUGUUCGAACAAGAAAACCAGCGCCUCAUCGGUGAAAUGAACAGCCUGUUUGACGAAGUGAGGCAGAUUGAAGGGAAAGUGGUUGAAAUUUCCAGACUCCAAGAGAUAUUCACAGAAAAGGUUCUACAGCAGGAAGCAGAGAUUGACAGCAUCCACCAGCUGGUCGUGGGGGCCACUGAGAACAUCAAGGAGGGCAACGAGGACAUCAGAGAGGCCAUCAAGAACAACGCGGGCUUCCGCGUGUGGGUGCUCUUCUUCCUGGUGAUGUGCUCCUUCUCCCUGCUCUUCCUCGACUGGUACGACAGCUAGUCCCGCUCCGGCGGGCGCGCGGCCCGGCCUCCCGUGGGCCUGGGGUCCGUCCCGGCCAGGUCUGACCACAGCGGGCGGCGCGGAGACACACACUCCACUAAAGGGACACAAACAACCUGGAGUUUUAAGCCCGUUUAGGAGCUGAACGAGAACACCAUGAACCCGAGGCAGGUGGAGGGAUGGGAGGGGUGGUUAUCCUGAAUAACGGGGCGGGGGGCAGCUGUGGAGGGGCUGCCCCGGAGGGCACCGCAGGUCUCGCUCCACCCGCAUCUCGGGGCUCAGAGGAGGCCCGGCCUGCCUCCUGGCCUGACCUCCUGCCGCUGGGCCCAGGAGCUUUGUUCAGAGAAGGCAAGGGCCCGAGAGAGCGGGCUGCUGCGCUCUGUGCAUCGACGCUCUGGGAGACGUGCUGGGACCGUGUGCAAUGGCAGGCACGGACUGGAGCCCCGUCUGCCCGGCGUCCUGGGGCCCAGGGUCACUCAGGGUGGACGGCCCGGCCCUGGGCCUGUGAAGGGCGUGCUGUGCAGUCUGCUGGGCGGUCUCGGGACCCUCGCGCUCUGUGUAAACGAACUACAGCCAAUAAAGUCUGUCUGCUCGAACCUGCAGCUGGGCUGCCUCGGCCCCGUGAACUUGCCCACAGACAGCAGGUGUGGGAGCCCUUUGCCCCGUGGUCAUCACUGUGUGCGCAAGCGUGUGCACCCCCACAGCUCCGCAGCCGCAAGGCAGCACGCGCCCACGGCCCUGCGGUGCGGUCCCUUCCCAGGCGGUGUUUCCGGACGCGCCUGGGGAGAGAGCAUCGUCUGCGUCAGCGCGCUUCAGGAAGCCAUGUGCUCGCAGAGGUCUCACGGUCAUUUAUUUCUGAUCCACCAAAACGGCACCUGUGACACGUCCACCAGAAACAACACGUUCAAGUAACACGGAAGGAAUGUCUGAUGUCUGUUCUAUUUAAUCGUCUUACACACUUACUUAUCUAACUGGCAAUUUU